AUGAGCACUCAAGAAGGUGAUGAGGAUGAUGGAAAUCUUGAAGUAAAAUUAUCAAUUAGAGGAGAUGGAGAAAGGUUUCAUAUUAACAUGGAACAACCAAUAUUAUUAAGACUUCCUGAAGAUGAAGCAAAAGUGUUGAGAGAACAAAUUCGAAGUGGUGGUGUUGAUUUUAAUAUUGACAUUCCUCAAGGAGAAAAUUCUGGUAAAUGUACUUUUAAUGGAAAAGAAUUCUGUGCAACACUUGUUCGUCUUCCAUGUGUUGUUGAAACUCAUAAAUCAUAUGAUGAUGUUGCUUUAUAUAAAACUGGUGAUAUUGGACAAGCAAUUAUCAUUCAUGAAAAAGAUAAUAUUCCUAAGAUCGAUGAUAGCGGUAGACUUAAAUCUGGACUUACUCCUCCAACUAAUAGAAUUGUAAAUAAAUUCCAAAAACCAAUGACACACGCAGAAAAAGAAAGAAUGAAAGAAUUACACAAGGAGAUUAAGAGUAAAGUAAAUGACCUUCCUAAAUCAGAAGAAGAUAACUAA